AUGGCCUCGCACACAGCUACAUCAUCUCCUUAUUUACAUCAGUCAUCUGUCAGGCAUGUUCCAUUACUUUCUGGACAGGAAGUUGGCAGUGCGCAGAACAUCACUUCACAGUCUACAGUGUGCCCACCAGGAAAGUGCCACAGUCGUGGCCUAAAACGGAAGGCUGAAGAGGUUGAGAACAACAAUGGCAUGCCAGUAACUGAGGAACAUCCACGAGAUGUUGAGGGCAAAAUCAGUGGUGGUACGGACAGAGCCAAGAGGAUUCGUUACAACAGUGAGGUUGAUGAACUUGAGGUACUUCAGUCUGACACCUGUGCCUAUGAAGUCCUGGAGUUCCUUGGCUGUGGGACAUUUGGACAAGUGGUCAAGUGCCGGAAGCAAGGGACCACAGAAGAGAGAGCUUUAAAGAUCCUUAAAAAUGAACCAGACUUUGCUGAGCAAAUGCUGAAUGAAAUUCGUAAGUUGGCCCUACUAACAUCAUCAGGUGCCUAUGAGUAUAACUGCAUUCGUGCAUAUGAAGCUUUUCAGUAUGAGGACAACACCUGCCUGGUGUUCGAGGCAUUGCAGCAGGAUCUUCUUACCUUUUUAGAACAGCAAAAGUUCAGGCCUCUGCCCUUCAACCAUAUUCGAAUCAUCCUUCAUCAAGUAACAACAGCCCUGAUGAAACUCAAGAGCCUUGGUUUGAUUCAUUCAGACCUCAAACCUGAAAACAUCAUGAUAGCAGAUCCAGUAAAGCAGCCGUAUAAAGUCAAAGUCAUCGACUUUGGUUUGUCACACCAUGUCUCUGAGGCAGAGUGUCCAGCCUAUUUACAGACCAGAUUUUACAGGUAG